AUGCCUAUCGAACACAGUUUCAACCCCUACGGAGACAGCAGUGGCGGCUCUACUCUGGCAAUUGCAGGCAAAGACUUUGCUAUUUUGGCAGGCGAUACUCGACACUCGACUGGAUAUUCUAUUGAUUCAAGGAAUGAGAGUCAGAUUCAUAGCGUAGGAGACGGGUUGUUGGUGUCUCCUAAUGGCUUUUCUGCCGACGCUCGCGCCUUUGUGGACGACGUACACAACGAUAUCAUCUGGUACCAUCACAAGCACAAUAAAAAGCUGGCAAUUUCGUCUUGUGCACGUUCUAUCAUGCACACCCUGUAUCGUCGCCGCUUCUUCCCUUACUAUGUUAGCCCGAUCCUUGUUGGCAUCGAGCCUGACGGAACUGGCGCUGUAUACUCUUUUGAUCCAGUAGGCUCUUAUGAACGAGAGGCUAGCCGCGCAGCCGGUCAUGCCAGUGAACUUCUCGUUCCCUUCUUGGAUAACCAGGUACGCAAGGCUAACCAGGUGGACCCUGAAACAGGUAAACCACUUGCUCAACAUGACUUGGAUUUAGAAACUGCUCUUCAGUUGGUGAAAGAUGCAUUUGCUGGCGCUGCUGAGCGGCGUAUUCAAGUCGGCGACUGGCUAGAGAUUGCCGUCGUCACCAAAGAUGGCCAUAAAGUAGAACGCUAUCCUUUGCGAAGAGAUUAG